AUGGCGAAGCUGGCGAUGGGAGAGCAAAAUCCCACUUCAUGGAAAUACACAUGGAAGAUCACCAACUUCACUAGCUUGACUCAAAAGAAGCGAAUACUCAUCUUCCCCAAGGGGAACAAUACGGAGCAUCUGUCGAUAUACUUGGACGUUGCGGACUCCACGAGGCUACCAUAUGGGUGGAGCAGAAACGCCCAUUUCAAAUUGAUUCUGGUCAAUCAGAACGAUUAUGGCAAUUCUUGUAUUAAGGAGACGGAACAUAUUUUCACCUCAAGAGAGAGUGACUGGGGCUUCACAUCCUUCAUUCCAUUGUGCCAAGUCCAUGACAGCUGUUGCGGGUAUUUAGUGAACAACACUUUGAUGGUUGUAGCUGAGAUUUUGGCCCCCCAACCCUCAGCUGAAAUUACUCAGUUGGCUGAACCUCCUGCAAAUGUUCCUCGGGCGACACCAACAGACACAUUCGACACGUAUUUCACAAAUCUUGAGGAAACUAUUAACGCUGCUCAGAGUUAUCCUGCCAGAGGAGUGUUGAACACGAGCAAUCAAGAAGGUGCUCUUUCGACUUCUGAGGCUCCAACCUUGGAAGAAGUAGAGAAGGCUAAGCUGUCUUUGAAGGAGUGCCUUUCUGAUAACUUCAAGCUAAAUGUAAAAGACAGAUUGGCUGAAGCAAUGUCGACGUUAAGCAUAGCCAGAAGCGGGUUAUCACUGGACCAGCAAAAAUCAGUCAAAGCCUUUUGGGCCAACUUCGAUGAGUUCACUUCCGACUUUUUGACCUUUGAGCAGGACAAUGCCGAAUUCGAGUUGCAGAAAUUGCUUAAGGAUCAAAUGUUGGCGACAAUGAAGAAGAAUCACAACACUCACAUCUUGUAUAAGCAUUUUUUGGGUGACCUGACCAAAGAGGAGGAAGAGUUCAAUAAAAAACUCGACGAAGUGAAGUCCAGAAGAGAAAAGCUCAUUUCGGACUGGGAGAUUUUGAUGGUCGAUUCGGAAGAAGCGAAAUCUGGGUACAAGGAUCAAGAGAAGAAAGUAGUGCAGGCCGAGGAAAAGAAGAGAAUAGCUGAGGAAAGAAUGUCUAGAUCGACCACUGCUUGGUCAAAUCUGAAGACGCAAUUUUGUUGAAGCUUUUUGGCUUGGAUCAGAACUGGCUAUGAGGACACUCUACAAAUGGGUCGCAUAUGUAAAUAUAACUGUGUUUGUGUCAAAUCUCUUGCUAAUAAGUGCUUUUGAGUGGUGAAAUCCUGUGCCUUUGAGAUUCAGUCACCUUCUGAUAA